AUGAGCACUGAAAGCAUGAUCCGGGACGUGGAGCUGGCCGAGGAGGAGCUCCCCAAGAAAGUAGGGGGGCCCCAGGGCUCCAGAUGGUGCCUGUGUCUCAGCUUCUUCUCCUUCCUCCUCGUGGCAGGAGCCACCACCCUCUUCUGCCUGCUGCACUUUGGGGUUAUCGGGCCCCAAGGGGAAGAGUUCCCAGAUAACUUGCAUCUAAUCAACCCCUUGGCCCAAACACUCAGAUCAUCUUCUCAAGCUUCAAGUGACAAGCCUGUAGCCCACGUUGUAGCAAACCAUCAAGUGGAGGGGAAGCUCCUGUGGAUACACCGUCGUGCUAAUGCCCUCUUGGAAAAUGGAAUGCAGCUGAUAGACAAUCAGCUGGUGGUGCCCUCCAAAGGGCUCUACCUCAUCUACUCUCAAGUCCUCUUCAAAGGCCUAGGCUGCCCCAACACCCACUUGCUCCUCACCCACACCAUCAGCCGGUUUGCCAUCUCCUACCAGAACAAAGUCAAUCUCCUAUCUGCCAUCAAGAGCCCCUGCCAUCAGGAGACCCCAGAGGGGGCUGAGGCCAAGCCCUGGUAUGAGCCUAUCUAUCAGGGAGGAGUCUUCCAGCUGGAAAAGGGUGAUCGACUCAGCGCUGAGAUCAAUCUGCCUGACUAUCUUGACCUGGCUGAGACAGGACAGGUCUAUUUUGGGGUCAUUGCCCUAUGA